AUGGAGAACUACCAACGUAAACAAGGUCAAAUUAACUUUUGUGUCUACAUCACCGUGUGUGUGUGGGCGUGUUUAACUAUUCUUGUGGGGACCAGAAAUCCCCACAAGAAUAGUAAACAAACAAAUACUUGACCAACUGGGGACAUUUUGUUAGUCCCCACGAGGUCAAAUGCUAUUUCUAGGGGGUUUAGGGUUAAGGUCAGAAUUAGUGUUAUGGUUAGAAUUACGUUAAGGGUUAGGGUUAGGAGCUAGGGUUAGUUUUAGGGUUAGGGUUAGGAGCUAGGGUUACGUUUAGGGUUAGGGUUAAGGUUAGGUUUUUGGGUUAAGGUUAAGGUUAGGGUUAGGGUUAGGGUUAGGGUUAGGGUUAAGGUUAGGGUUAGGGUAAGGGUAAGAGUACGGGUUAGGGUUAGGUUUAGGGUUAGGAGUUAGGGAAAAUAGGAAUUUGAAUGGGACUGAAUUGUGUGUCCCCAAAAGGUUAGCUGUACAAAACUGUGUGUGUGUGUGUGUGUGUGUGUGUGUGUGUGUGUGUAAGUGAGUGUCUGUGUGUAUUUGUGUGUAUCAAGUUUGGGCAAGUCACUUUGUUACAAUAUUUAGGUUAAUUUAAAUGGCUUAUAAAAAGACAUCCUGUAUGUGGAAUAUGAAUCGUCAUCUCAAUUCUAGUUGGGUUAAACUCUCAUCUGAUUAACAGGUAUACUGCAUAAUACAACUCUGUGAGUUGAGCUCUCUGUUUGAUCAAUCCAAUCAGGUUCCCAGGGUGUGAAGAAGUGGGCUGGGCUUCUGACGUGUCAGACCAUCUUCCUUGUGCUGAUUGGCCUGGUAUCCAUCAGCACCAAUCAGGCAGUUGCAGAGCCCCUGUCAAAUGCCACUCAACCUGGGGAGACCCCUGAGGAAGAGUUGGCCUCCCUGAAGUUGAAGCUGAGUUCUGUGCUGUGUCGCUACAGCCGUCUGUGUAAUGACUAUGCCAGCCUGGCACACAACUGCUCUGCCACAGGUGGGUACUAGCCAGCAACCACUAUGUACGUGUUUGAGAUUAACUCCAUUGCCACCAGACGGUACAGAAUUACUGAUGGACAAAUCACUGAUCUCCUAAAUAACUGCUCAUUAUGUGAUCAUGAGUAGUGCUUCUUGUUUAAACGUAUCCCCAUCAAAUAUGCUGUUUACUGUAUGUUCCCAGAUGGUUAGGACAGGGCCAGGAGGUCACAUGGUCAGGGUCAUUUGAUUAGUGGCCCUAAUUAACAUUCACCCAAUCUAUGGCUCUACAUUCCCCUACAUCUUCCAUCAAGUACUCAUAAUAUUUCCAGAAUGUAUUGCAGCAACAUUUUCAUAAAUCUAGGGACAUUCCACAUUUGACACAGAAGACAUGAACCCACAGCUGGGUAUAGUAAAUACUAUCAUACUGUACAAAGGUUGAAUUAAUAAUCAACUCUUCUUGUUGAUCUUUCUUUGCUUUUUCGGUCGGCUGCUUUCUUCUUUAUCUUUCUUUCUUUCUUUUUCCUUUCUUCUUUUCUUCUUUCUUUUCUUUCUUUCUUUCUUUCUUUUUUCUUCUGUCUUUUCUUUCUCUUUCUCUUUCUUCUUUCUUUCUUUCCUUUCUUUCUUUUCUUAUUCGUCUUUUAUCUUUUCUUUCUUGCUUGUCUUUCUUCUUUUCUUUCUUUUUUUCUUUUCUUUCUUUCUUUCUUGCUUUCUCUUUUCUCUCUCUCCCUCCUCUCUCUCUCUCUCUCUCUCUUCCUCGUUCUCUCUCGGUCUCUUCUCCUCCUCUCUCCUCUCUCCUCCCUCCUCUCCUCUCUCUCUCUCCUCUCAUCUCCUCUCUCUCUCGUCUCUCUCUCCCCCUCUCCUCAUCUCUCUCUCUCUCUCUUCUCUCUCUCUCUCUCCUCUCUCGCUCUCCUCUCUCUCUCUCUCCGUUUACAGUGUUGAAUUUCACAUAGUGUCCUGAUGGGUGGCUUCAUGUAGAUGAAAAAUGUUACUACUUCAGUAACGACACGAUGGACUGGCCGAGCAGCAGAGACAGUUGUACGUCUAUGGGCAGCCACCUUACCAUCCUGCACAGCACGAAACAGCAUGUAUGAAAGUGUGUGUGUGUGUGUGUGUGUGUGUGUGUGUUCUUCUCAUCGUAACCAUGUGUUUGUUUAUAGGAAGCCCUGGGAAAAGAGGUCAGUAGGAUUGGAGGGGUUAAUAGCUACUUCUGGAUCGGCUUAUCAGACAGAGAGAUAGAGGGGGACUGGAGAUGGGUGGACAACACAACGCUCACAAACAAGUAUGUACUGUCUGCAACCCUUUCAACAAUCUCAACAUGACACGUACAACGUUGACUCAAAAUAGUUGCUCAGUCCUGUCUUUUUUUCUCCGAUAUUUGUCCUCUCCUUUUUUCUUUAUUUUCUGUCUUACCUCUCUCCCUCUCUGUGACUUCAAUUCCAUCCUGCCCAUCAUGUUUUCUCUCUCCCUACCUCCCUUUCCAUAUAGGUUCUGGAACCAUUGGAGCUCGGAGCCUGAUAACAACCUCUCCGGUGGGGUUGAAGGUGAGGACUGUGUGGUCCUGGAGAGUAACACUCAGACCUGGUCCGACGUGCCCUGUGUCUUCAGCUACCACCGCAUCUGUCAAAUGGAUGCUACCCCCAUUACCUGCCAUUGAAUCAGCGGGUGAAAGACACCACUGACCAUGAAAUAAGCUUAGAGUGGCAGGGAUUCAAUACAAGGCGCAUCGUAGGGAAGCGCGCUGCACUGUUGACAAUGUGCCAUUUAAAGGCAAUUUUCCCGACGUUCGCGGAGAACGAAUUCAGUGUAAACGCAGCAGUAAUCAAGUGUAACUUCCCUUCAAAAGUCAAAUGGUCUGAUUGUCUGAUUGAAUCCCAGUCACAGUAUGUAUAAUUAGCCAAAACAAAUGAAGAAGUGCCAGUUGGUAUCGACUUGUGUUGGUGUCUGUCUACCCACCACUGAAGGUAUUUCAAUAAAGCUAUCAAUCAGUCGCCCCUCAGCACUGCUGUUUUUUUUUUAUUCAAGAAUUUCAAUACAAUCUAACACUUUAAUUACAGUCUUAUAACACAACAACAAUAAACCCUGUAUUUACUCUGUUACUUAUUUCAAACAAUUCAACAACACUUUGUGGCCUCCUGAAUCCUAGCCUGGUGGAAUGAGCCUGAUCGCACAGCUGAAACCGUAAGAAACUAUAGUAUUAAGAUGUUAUUCUGUUUUCUUAAGAAAAUAUUUUGUAAAUAAUGGACUCAAAAAAAAAGUGCUAUGUAAUAUCCACUGAGUAUACCAAACACCUUCUUAAUAUUGAUAAAUAUAGAUUCAUUCUCUGAUCCUUUGAUUGGGCGGACAACAUGUCAGUUCAUGCUGGAAGAGCUCUGAUAGGUUGGAGGACAUCCUCUGGAUGUUGUCAUAAUUACUGUGUAAGUCUAUGGAAAGGGAUGAGAGCCAUGAGCCUCCUCGGUUUUGUAUUGAAGUCAAUACAAAAACUGAGGCUACUGUAGACCUUCCUUGCAAAACAGUGUGUUUUAAUUAACUAUUUGGUGACAUUCAUAUAUUUAGUAGAGUUUUAUCUAAAAAGGAUAACUUUUUUAAUGUUUCACAAUUUUUAUUUUUAUCAAAUUCACUCAGGAGGGUGGUCCUCCCCUUCCUCCUCUGAGGAGCCUCCACUGCGAUACACACAGGAAACUGUUGAGCGUUAAAAACCCAGUAGCAUUGCAGUUCUUAACACAAACCGGUGUGCCUGGCACCUACUACCAUACCCCGUUCAAAGGCACUUACAUUUUAUGUCUUUCCCAUUCACUCACUGAAUGGCACACAUACACAACCCAUGUCUCAAUUGUCUCAAGGCUUAGAAAUCCUUCUUUAACCUGUCUCCUCCCCUUCGUCUACAAUGAUUGAAGUGACAUCAAUAAGGGAUCAUAGCUUUCACCUGGAUUAACCUGGUCAGUCAAUGUCAUGGAAAGAGCAGGUGUUCUUAACGGUUUGUAUACUCAGCGUACAGUAAUACAAAAGCGACAGUAGCUUUACAUAUUUAUAUACAGAAUUUCUUCAAUUAUAGCUCAAUUAUAGGUCAUAAAGCAUGAUAAUAAACACUGGUGAAAUGGAAUCAAUUCUAGUAUCAAACAUCACAUGAAAAACAUCUUUCUUGCUUCUUUUGUCCUUUAGUUUUUUCUUUCUAUCAGAAUAGAAUAGCUAAGACGAAAUAGCAGAGACAUUGUCCUGAAUUUGACAGGGAGUCCGGUCUGUAAAUAUCUCUAGUUUUUUUGUGGGAAUCCUUUUGUUUUGGGGCGUAACAAGAAAACUGAAUGGUUGCACUGUAAAAACCAUUCUCACACAGAUUUUCUCAAAUAUGGGGAGAUGCAACAGAUACCCAAGGCAACAAAAAUCAUGUUUUCCCUCUAGAAUUUAGUUGGCAAGAGAGAGAAGGUUAGGCUUCUACCUUGAACCCUCACCGUUGACAACUCUGCACAUUCCGGCCAUAACCAUACUUUUUAAGCCCUCAAGCUAACCAAACUUGAGGUCUGAGUGUGUGGUGUGGUGUGUGUGUGUUGUGUGUGUGUGUUUGUGUGUGUGUGUGUGUGUGUGGUGUGUGUGUGUGUGUGUGUGUGGUGUGUUUGUUGUGUGUGGCGUGUGCGUGUGUGCGUGCGUGUGCGUUGGGUGCGUGGUGUGUUUGUGUGUGUGUUUUUUUUGUAGUGUUGCUGUGCAUUAAAUUCACUCACUCUUUGCAGUGGCAGAAUCUGCGUUGCACUCUGGGGCAAUCAUCACCCACCGCCUGAAAACCGAAAUAGAAACCACACCACACAGGACCUCAGUACAGUACCAACAGACCAAGCAACAUUUAAGAGAUAUUGAGUACAUUUUAAGCUAAAAUAAAUAUCUGAUGAAAUCACCAAAGUGUACCUGUCUGUGGCGUCGGAUGAGGAAUUACAGUGAUGAUGAGGAGGAGGAUGAAGAUGACGGCUGCGGGCACAGAUGGUUGACCACAGCCCCACUUCCAUGGGGACUCGCUCUGUGUGUGGGGGUUGUGUGUGUGUGUGUGUGUGUGUGUGUGUGUGUGUGUGUGUGUGUGUGGGUGUGUGUGUGCGUGUGUGUGUGCACACGUGCGUGCAUUAGUGUGUGUGUGUGUUCUUCUCAUCGUAACCAUGUGUUUGUUUAUAGGAAGCCCUGGGAAAAGAGGUCAGUAGGAUUGGUGGGUUUAAUACCUACUUCUGGAUCGGCUUAUCAGACAGAGAGAUAGAGGGGGACUGGAGAUGGGUGGACAACACAACGCUCACAAGCAAGUAUGUACUGUCUGCAACCCUUUCAACAAUCUCAACAUGACACGUACAACAUUGACUCAAAAUAUCUCAGUUGCUCAGUCCUGUCUUUUUUCUCAGAUAUUUGUCCUCUCCUUUUUUUCUGUCUUAUCUCUCUCCCUCUCUGUGACUUCAAUUCCAUCCUGCCCAUCAUAUUUUCUCUCCCCCUACCUCCCUUUCCCUAUAGGUUCUGGAACCAUUGGAGCUCGGAGCCUGAUAACAACCUCUCCGGUGGGGUUGAAGGUGAGGACUGUGUGGUCCUGGAGAGUAACACUCAGACCUGGUCCGACGUGCCCUGUGUCUUCACCUACCACCACAUCUGUCAAAUGGAUGCUACCCCCAUUACCUGCCAUUGA